AUGGAGGAUGCAACAGUUGCUCAUUGUGAUGAAUCAUCUUCUGAAGAUCAUACUCGAUCUGGGAAUGGCAUUCUUCUUGAUCUUGUAAACGGGUGUCAUUUAGCGCAUACAGCAGCACUGGCAAAAGUUGUGGCAACUGACCAUUUCCAGCUGGAGGAGAAUGUAAGAUCAGAAGACCUUCUCAACAACAACAAAGAAGUAUCAGAACAAGACUGUUUUACCAACCAAAGAUUUGUAUCUUCAGGGGAUUUUACAACAGUCAGUGAUCAAAUAUCAGCUGCAGACAAUCCGAAAGAAUCAUUUCUUACAUCAUCUAAAGACAGGAACAGCAAAGCAUAUAAAGAGACGCUUAAUCACUUGCAUGACUCAUGUCAGACUACAGAUAAAGGCAGAGAACAAGAUGGGAGAGAACUGUAUAACGUGCAAUCAAAACGAGCUUUAUCCAAUUACACCUUAAAAAACAACAUUAGUAAAGAUAUUUCAGAGAACGAGAUAUUGCAAGGAGAGCUACAGAAUGAAGAGUUAGACAAAGAGAUACACAAUCCAAGUAAAGUGAGUUUGUGUUAGAGCUUCAGGAAAAUCCUGAGGAUGCAAAGGAUUCCUAUGCAACAGAGUCUAUUUUAGGUGAUAGAUCAAAAGAAAAAGAACACUUGGAACAUAAUAAUUUCAAAGAAACUGCUGUGUCUAAUUCUGACAUGCUCAAGAGAGACUUGCUAGAUGAAGUCACAAAACAGGACAUUGAAUCGACAAGAGAACGCUUAUAUCAUAAACCACAAGGCUGUGAUAAAUCAAUUCAUACGGAAAACAAUGGGAACAACUAUGCUGUGCACUUAAACCUUAGCAAAUGUGAUAUUACUUCUACCAAACAGAAAGAAAGUUCUAGCAUGGAACACUGUGAUGUAUUAGCACACACUGUGUGUGAGAGUGAAGACAGGUCAAAAAAUUGUUCUCUUGAUUUUCAGACCAAACGCUUUGGGCUAUGUUUACCAAAACAUGAUGGUACCAGAAGAGGCAAGCGGAAAAAGGAGCACCGAUCACUAAAAUGUGGACGAUUGCAGCCAGUUUUACAUGAGCUAGAGUUUGUGGAAGAGGAGGAUCUUUCUGAGAAGGAGGAAAGUAGUGAAGAGGAUAACAUAGAUAGUUCUUUUCAUUACAGCUGCUCCAAAGAUGGGCUCGAUCACAGAAAAGAGAGACAUCAGUACGUUUCAGAUAAACUGGACCCUGAUGUUUUACACUUGCUUGAAAUGCACCUCCGCAAGCAACAGCUUGUUGACAUUAAGGAAGAAGGAGAAGAAGAAAUGGUAGAUGUUCACAUUAAUAAAGAAAUGUCACGUUCAGACUCUUACAAGUUGUUACGUAAUAUACCUCCAGUUUUGGACAUGGUUCUGGAGGAGCCUGAGCUAGAACAUGCUGGAGACAUGUUAGAAGAAGGCAGCAAAACGCCUUCUGAUGUAGAUUCUGAUGACAGCAGUAACGUCUGCUCUAUGGAAAUAGGUCUUAUGGAAUCCCUGCAAUAUGAUUUAAUGAGUAAAAGUUCUAAGAUAGACAAACAUGAAAUAGCACAAUUCUCUCGGAACCGAGUCAUGGUUGUCUGUCCAGAGGAAAUAAAGGCAAACAAAGGGAAGAUGCCUCCUGUCACAGUGAAUGUAAACCUAAACAUGGAAAAGUUCAAAAUAAGGAACCAAAGGCUCAUGAAGUACAAAUGAAAGAUCCAAGUGGUCUACAGAUAAUACACAAGGAUGGUCCUGAAGAUCUUGGAUCUGGCAUGGAUUCAGAAGAUGUUGAUGAUGCUGUAGAAGAUGUUACCAAUACAUUGUUGCACUCAGAAUCCAGUUUUUCUAAAUUAUUAAAGGAGAUACCUGAACAGUCUUUAGAACUUAAUGAGAAAGAAACGGUGGAAACACAGUUAAUUGAAAAAACUGGCAUAACUGACCCUCUUGAGGCUGACCAAAGCUCAGCUAUUACAUCAUUAGACCUAGUCUCAGGUGUAACUCAGCAGAAAGUAUCAGGGCCUGUUACAGAAGCUGAUGAAACAAAAUUGCUUGAUAGUAGUACAGUUAAUGAUUUAGAAACCACUUUGCCACACUCUGCUAAGGCUGAAAACACCUCAGAUUCACCUUGUCUCAUGUUUAAUGAAAAUGGGGAACCACAUGCACUUACUUUAGAAUCUAGGAUACCCUCUGAAGAAGCAGAUCGCUGUUACCCGGGGGAUGGAGGGGAUUUUGGAAAAGAAAAUGACUCCGCUCAGCAACUGGAUGGUGCAGAUAGACUACUGACAAAUCAACAGAUAAAUCUAACAGAUGUCGACAAAGAUCUAAAAAUUACAAAGGAGAAUGUAAAGUCUCAAACUGAAUCUAGUUUUUCUGAAGCACCAUUAUGUUUCACUGCUGACAUGAACACACUACAUGAAGACCUCAAGCAAAAGAUCUUGUCUCUACUAGAGAAGGCUCAUGCUGCUGACUGCAGAUCCUCUCGCCUUCAAGCUGAAGCUGAACUUCUGUUCAAAGAGAGCAUAGAGCUAAGAAAUGAAUGUAAAUCCCUGUCAAAGGAGGCAGCUGAACUGCUAUCAAUAGUCACUCAGCAGGAAGUUCUACAUGGGCAACAAAUGAGGCAAAGCCCACAAGACACAGAGGCUGAAGGUAGUCUUUGUACAAGUGACCGUAAACCAAGAAAUAAGGAAGCACUAAGUUUUCUUAGUAAACGUACCUCCAAGAAGAAGAAGGCAGAAAGUCGGCUUCAAACACUAAGCAAAAAAUACAGUUUUCUACGGCAAGAGGCACCUGAGAUCAUGAGGGAACUACAUGUCCUGCAGCAGGACUUAAAGAACCUUCCUCCACAUCACAGCAAG